UCCGUCACCAAACGAAAUGGCGGAGGCUGCGGUGGUGGCGUGGGUUCGCGGCCCCGGUUCCGUGUGGAAGGCGCUGCCCUGUGCCUCGGCUGGGUGCUCCGUGCGCGAUGUUAUCCACCGACACUGCCAAGAACAGGACAUUCCCGUGGGAUGCUUCUUUGUGAAGUGCAAUGGAGUCCUCGUUGCUGCCAGUGAUGAGGUGCAGCAUGGAGCUGUGUACAGUUUGGAGCCCAGGCUUCUUGGAGGGAAAGGAGGUUUUGGGUCUAUGCUUCGAGCACUUGGUGCACAGAUAGAGAAGACAACCAACCGAGAAGCCUGCAGGGAUCUCAGUGGGAGGAGAUUACGAGAUGUCAAUCAUGAGAAAGCGAUGGCCGAGUGGGUAAAGCAGCAAGCUGAGCGAGAGGCUGAAAAGGAGCAGAGGCGCCUGGAGAGACUGCAGCGAAAGCUUGCUGAACCUGCUCACUGCUUCACUAACCCGGACUACCAGAGGCAGUGCCAUGAGAUGGCUGAGCGUCUGGAGGAUUCAGUCCUCAAAGGUAUGCAGGCUGCCUCCAGCAAGGUGGUGUCAGCGGAAAUCACUGAGACUCGAAAACGGCCUAACAAGUCAAAAAUGGACCUGGGUACAGCGAAGAGGAGAUGCUUUUGGUCGGGCAUGGAAGGACUAGAGACUGCUGAAGGAACUGGAAGCUCAGAUGACAGUGAAGAUGAUGACAGUGAAGAUGCUCCUGGGACAUCGGGGCUGAGCUGCUGUGCUCGGGAAAAUGGCAGUGAUGGUGUAGAGGUGGCAGCCAACUAUCUUGGCAGUUCUCAGAGCUCGGGACCCAGUCCAUACCCCGAGUCACCGGGAAAGCUCCAGAGCUCGGGACCCAGUUCACACCCUGAGUCACCAGGAAAGCUCCAGAGCUCGGGACCCAGUUCACACCCUGAGUCACCGGGAAAGCUCCAGAGCUCAGGACCCAGUUCACACCCUGAGUCACCGGGAAAGCUCCAGAGCCCUGUGACUGAGCCUGUGCAGGGCACUUUGGAGAACAUCGGUGCUGAGCUAGGAGAGACAUGUGACAAGGAGCACAGUGAAAGGAAGACAGUCACAGAAACAGAGGACCCCCUGGCAAGGAAGGAAACAGAGAGUCCUGAGCCCACAGAAAAAGACCAGAAGUCAGGAGUGACUAGAGGGGACUGGGCUGCCAUGGCUUUGUCUGGUGGAGAAGACAGGAAAAGCACCCCUGCCGCUAAGCUGGAGGGAAGCCACUCAGGAGACACAGCUCUUGGUCUGGAAGCUGUGGAUCUGUCAGCAUUCAGCUCUGCAGCCGAGUUGGAGUCACUGGGUUUGGAGAAGCUCAAGUGUGAACUGAUGGCCCUUGGACUGAAGUGUGGGGGGACCCUGCAGGAGCGUGCGGCCAGACUCUUCUCUGUCAGAGGCCUCUCAAAGGAGCUCAUUGACCCAGCUCUAUUUGCCAAGCCUUCGAAAGGGAAGAAGAAGUGAAUUUCCUCAGUGUGAUAGACUUGUGGCCAAUGUUCCUUUUGAUACUAGAAAAUAAUACUAUUAUUUUCUAAUAAUUUGGUUCUAACUAGUCUCUUUUCAGUGGUACCUGGGCUUGAUGUUUUCACUGGAAGAGAAAACUUUGUAAGUUUUUUUUUCUUUCUUUCUUUUUGUGUUUUUUUGUAAGAGACUUACUCUGUAGCCCAGACUGACUAAGAAUUGUGUAGUUUUUCACUUUGGUCUCAAACUUGCAGUGAUCCUCCUGUCUCAGGCAUGAGCUGCUGUGCCUGCUUUGUCUAGGUUUAUACAUUUCUUUGGCUUUAUAUAUUGUGUCACUUGGGUAAGAUAUUUUCAAGAAAUUAAUUUGUAUAACCCAAAGCAGUCAGGUUUGUAAACACAGUUUACAUUGCAUUUUAAAAACUUGAUUCUCUUUCUAGUUGUGUGUGUGUGUGUGUUACCAGGGAUGGAACCUAGCUGCUUCCAGGCCUCUUACACUGGGGAUUUCUAUUUUAGCUAGGGGCCUAUUUUGUUUGGUUUUCAAAGAAUUCCGGGUUUUUUUUUUUUUUUUUUUUUUUUUUUUUGCUUUGUGGAUUUUUCUCAGUUGUUGUUGAUCUCAUGGCUUUUGAGUUUUAUUAUUUCCUCUCCUACGUGCCCUGCAUUUACCUUAUCAUAUUUCUUUAGCUCAUUAAGUCUUAGAUCACUGAUUAUAGAUUUUAUUCUUUUUUUUUUAAAUGUAUUACCCAAUUAGCAUUUGUAUUUUCUCUAAAUGUUUUAUUGAUUUUGUUAUUCAGAACAGAAAGUGCCCUGCAUCCUUUGUAUGACUGACCCAGGCUAGGGUCUGACAUGAUGCCUGUGCUGUGUGCUGUUGGAAAGAACAUACAGUUGGCAGCAGGGUGUGUUCUGGAACACAGGCUAUGUGAGGGGCUGGUCGGAUCAUUCUGAUGACCUGCCUUUGCUGGUUUAUUUCCAUAAGGAACUAAAAGGAAAACUCAAAUCUCAAUUAUGAUUGUGGUAAUUGCCUUUUUUUUAAAGAUAAGAAUAACUUUAUUAGCGUUUGCUAUCGGUUGUAUAUUAAUUCAGUGAUCUUACAUACGUAUGAUUCUUAAUUGCCUUAAAAUGUCUGGCUCUGAUGGGUUUGGGUUUCUUUUCCAUCAGACAGUUCACACAUGGAUACAGUGUACCGAUCUGAUCAUGUCCACCGUGUUUCUGCUUCUUUAAUUCUUCUGUUUUUACGUUAUAUUUUUAAGCUACUGUAAGGUACACUCUUCUCGUAUGUACUUAUUGAACAGUAUAUCAUGAAAUUCCCAUCAUCUCUGGUGAGUUUCCUGUUCAACACGUGUUAUCUGAAACACAGCCCUUCAGCUUUGUCGUUGUUUCCAUAGUGCGUGUUUUCUGUUCAUUUCCUCUCUCCCUGCCCCUCUUGUCUACAGUGGGUUUCUACAGACGGUAGAUGUUGUCUUGCGUUUGUGUCUGUUCUGACUCAUCAUCAUCUGGUCCCUGUCUCUGCUGACAGGUCAGCAGUGGGUCACCUGGUUGUUUCAAUCAUAACAUUUUCUUUGGGGGUGUUCUCAGGUGUGGUCUACUCUUCUGCCUUGGAGGUUGGUGAGCUUCAUGGUUUUGUAAAUUUAUUCCAUUAAUUAAAUUUGGAAAUGUUU